AGUAUUUUCAACUCCGAGGCCCAUACCACUUUAAACUGUUUUUCUAUCAAAGCUCAAGCGAAAUAACUUGGAUUUUGAAACGAUUCAUGUGUUCUAUGUGUUCGCAAAGAAACAAUAACAAACAUUGAAGAAUUUACAAAGUGCAGCUCUUCGCAUCAACUUGAUCUUUACUACACAUCAACCCAUUCGAACGUUAUCAGCUAAUCCCCAAAUCAAAGCAAUCAUGACUAUUGCAGAGGAAUUCGCAACGCGCAAUUUCAGUAUGUAUUCUUUUCGAGGAGCUUGUAUGACUUUGAUUAAUUUCGAUUCUAGGUAUUUAUGGUCAAUGGUAAGAAAAUGCGACUCUUCCGAGCUCUCCAUCCAUUUCACUCAAGCCAUUACAUCAUGAAGCAUUGUUGAAGAUACAUGUCAAAUAUUAUCUUUGCGGGCACAUUCAGGAUACACUGGAAACUGAGUAGUGGAUAUUUAAGAAUCGUGGAACAAAUCUUCGGAAUCAUGUCUGACGAAAGAAUACAGGACCGGAGUGGUGUGCAUACUUCUAUGUUUCGCCUUGGGCAUUGCGAAUCUCUUCCAUGUGAGCUUGCUCAUCAUCUUCAGUGCGCUAUGCCUGUGAGUCUUGCCUUUGCCUCUCUAUUUGUUGAGAAAAUUAACAACUUCUUCUCAGUGUGAGCUCUUUCCUCAUCAUCUUCAUCGAGAUCCCGUUGCUUCUCCGAAUCUGCCCCACUUCUUCGACAUUCGAUACCUUCAUGCGCCGAUUCACAACUAAUUAUAUGCGCGCCGCUAUCUACAUGGGAAUGGCUAUUAUCCAAUGGCUCAGCAUCAUCAUUGACGCAUCGAGUCUCAUUGCUGCUGCGGUCCUCCUCACUAUCGCAGCUGGUUUUUACGCGUUGGCUGGUCUUAAAGGACAGGGAUUUGUGGGAAGCAAAACACUUGGAGGUCAAGGCGUCGCGCAAAUGAUUCUAUAAAUUCGGAACGUUCCGAGAUAAACUGCGUAGGACAGUGGUGCAAUUCGAAGCGCAGCGCGCAGCUUGGUUCAUGGAGAUGGAGAAUAAAGAGCAACUUUCUAGUUGAUUUAGGAAUGAGAAAAUGAGAGAGCAUGUGGGAUUGGUGCAAGGCGUCAAGGAUUAGCAGCACAUUAACUUUGGCUGUGUGUGUGUGCUUUCAUGGUUGAUUCCUUCAGCCGAGAAAAGCCUGGAGUUUCUUGCGGCCUCAAACUUCUUUUUCUUGCGGGUGUACUUUUAUACCUUUCAUUCCGUUUCAAAGCAAACCAUAUCAGUGCAUCUGGAUGGAUUCCUGUUCUUAUAUGUUGAUUUUUUUCGAAUGGAGUUGAUGGGGAGAAGAUAAUUAGGUACGGGAUUCAAUGGAAAAUGAGUUAUGGGGCUUUUUACAGCUUAUGUUACAUGGAGAGUAUGAUGACUGGAAGAGUUUGUGAGAGCGAAUGUGAAAUUGGUUUUAUGAAUUACGCAUUGGCAGUGGUGUGAGAACAUUGAA